AUGACUAUGCUGAUGACAAAGCUAUUAUUUCCACUCAUCUUGACAGCUUCAUUGCCUCAAAAUCAUCUUAAUCUCAUGAAACACUGGUACACAAAAUGGAGGCUUAAAGUCAAUCAAUCUAAGUCUGUUCACACCACAUUAACUCUCAGACCUGCUCCCUGCCCUCCUGUAACUAUCUACAAUACUCAAAUCCCUAUUUUACCAUCAGUUAAAUAUCUUGGGUUAACCCAAGAUAUUCGAUAG